GGGGGCCGGGGGGCGAUGGCGGCCGAGGCGGCAGCCGCGGCCCAGGCCCGGCGGCGCGAGCAGCUGCGGCAGUGGGAGGCGGCGGCGCCGGCCGGCCCCCCGCGCCCGCCCCGCGCCCGCGCCGUCCGCUUCGAGCGCGCCGCCGAGUUCCUGGCCGCCUGCGCCGCGGGGGAGCUGGCCGAGGCGGCCGCCAUGCUACGGGGGGGGGCCGAGCCCCAGCCCGACGGCCCCGGGCCCGGGCUCAUCGACGGCACCAACGCCGACGGCAUCAGCGCCCUGCACCAGGCCUGCAUUGAUGAGAACAUGGAGGUGGUGCAAUUCCUGGUGGAGAACGGUGCCAAUGUGAACCAGGCUGACAAUGAGGGCUGGACCCCCCUGCACGUCGCUGCUUCCUGCAGCUACAAGGAGAUUGCCCAGUACCUCUUGGACCAUGGUGCCAACAUUGCAGCGGUGAACAGUGAUGGGGAUGUGCCUCUGGACAUUGCUGAGGACGAUGGCAUGGAGGCCAUGCUGAGUGCUGAGAUUGCCAAGCGAGGGGUGGACGUGGAGGCUGCCAAGCGGGAGGAGGAGGAGAUCAUGCUGCAGGACACACGCCAGUGGCUGAAUGCUGGCAAGAUCGAUGACACCCGGCACCCCAAGACGGGUGCCAGUGCCCUGCAUGUGGCAGCAGCCAAGGGCUACAUUGAGGUCAUGAGGCUGCUUCUGCAGGCUGGUUAUGACCCCAAUGUGCAGGACAAGGAUGGCUGGACGCCCCUGCAUGCUGCCGCGCACUGGGGAGUGGAAGAGGCCUGUCGCCUGCUGGCUGAGCACCUCUGUGAUAUGAACACUCUCAACAAUGUGGGUCAGCGGCCAUUUGACUUGGCUGAUGAAUACACACUCGGCCUGCUGGAGGAGCUGCAGAAGAAGCAGGAGGAUCUGCGCAGCAAGAAGGAAGCCAACCUGAAGCAAGCAGUGAUUGACACCAGUGUGGAGCAGCAGCCAGCCUACACCAGCAAGCACAGGAGGAGCUCCGUCUGUCGCAUGAGCAGCCGAGAGAAGAUCUCAGUCCAGGACCAGUCCAAGGAGCGCAAGACCCUGGGCCCCAUCUCUGUUGGGGAUGAGGAGAGCGGCUCUGCCUCUGAAGGGGAAGAGCCUGACAAGUCCAGUGAGGUGAAGAAGGCAGCACCCUCGCAGGAGAAGAGCACCUUGAAUGGGGUCACCAUUCCUCCCAUUGCCUCCACCAUAUCUGGGCAGAAGUUUUCUGGAGGGCCCAGCCAUGUUGCGGAGCCUGAGAAGGUGCCCGCACCUGCCUGGAGGGCAGGGCUCCGCAAGACUGGCAGCUUUGGGGUCCUGCAGGAUGCCCAGCUGGAGGAGGCUUCCCCGAAGGAGGGCAGGAUCAAGCGCUCAGCAUCUAGUCCCCGGCUGGACACAGAUGAGAAGCCACAGGACAUCUGGGAGCUCCUGCAGAAGUGGAACAGGAAUCUGGUUGGUCCAGGGUUAGCCAAAAAGUCGAGCAUAGCCGCAGAGGUAGCCAGUCAGGAGGAAGGGAGUGCAUCAGGUGACCUGAACAAGGAGCCUCGCCUUGCUCGGGUCCCACCAACCCCCACCCGCCGGAUCUUUGCCCUUCCCGAGUCAGAGCCCCACAGAACGAGCUCAGAGGGUGGCUUGCAGAUGAAGAUUGAUGGGGGCUCUGCCCCUCCCCAGCCUCCCCCUUCCAGCAUCAGCAGCUCCAGCACAGACCCCCGGGACCGCCGACGGUCCUACCAGACCCCUGUGCGGGACGAGGAGUCCGAGUCCCAGCGCAAAGCCAGGUCACGGCUCAUGAGGCAGUCCCGACGGUCCACUCAGGGUGUUACUCUCACUGACCUGAAGGAAGCAGAGAAGACCAUUGGCCGAGCCGUGGACAAUAAGGUCUCAGAGCAGCGAAUCAGGGAAGAUGAGAAGCGGGACCGGGGAGAAGGGGAGCAGCCUCUGGAGACUGCGGACUCCACCCGGCGCUCCCGCUUUCCUGCCUUGGAGGGCUCCUCGGUCUAUACUGUGAAUCCCAUCAUGGUCAACUCUCAGGCAAAGAAAGGGCUGGAGCCUGAGGGGCCAGGGCCAGGCGCGGAGGCAGAGGCUGAGCUGCGGAACCGCCUGGCUAUCCGUGACCGCCGAAAAGGCCGGCGGGAGCGCCGCUCCACGGGCAUGGUGCAGGGUGGUGAGGGCGAUGAGAACGAGGAGCCCGAGGCAAACAGUGAGGUUGCUCCUGGAUACAGCAUAUCCGAUCACUUGAAUAGCCUCUUGCCAAACCGGACGGGUCCCUACAGCUCUACUAGGCACAACAGUAUGGGCAGCUCCAGGGAGGAGCCUGACCGUGACUACAAGAAGCUCUAUGAGGACCUCCAGAUGGAGAACGAGAAGCUGAAGGAGCAGCUGCAGGAAACGCAGCUGAAGCUGACACAGAUCAAGCUGGAGCUGGAGAGGGUGACACAGCGGCAGGAGCGAUUUGCAGAGCGGCCGGCGCUGCUGGAGCUGGAAAGAUUUGAGCGCAGGGCCUUGGAGCGGAAGGCAGCUGAGCUGGAGGAGGAGCUCAAGGCUCUCUCGGACUUGAAAGCCGACAACCAGCGCCUAAAGGAUGAGAAUGCAGCUCUGAUCAGAGUCAUCAGCAAGCUCUCCAAGUGACCACCUGCCUCCUGACUGGGCCACAGCCCACACACCCACACACACACACCCAUACUGCAACCGCACUUCCCCAAAAUGCGACCAUACACAUGUGUGCACACCCUGACCCCAGCAGUGCAACUAUACGGACGGACGGAUGGACAGACCCACCCACCCACAUGGUGGGCUAGGACCACGUCAAAUCAACCCCCAACCCAGGAGGCCUGUUCAGCCUGAGAAACACUCCCAAAAUCUUCCACUCGGGGUAGUGGAGGGGGGACCCCUGCCAGAGACUCCCAACAGAACCAGACCUGCUGCUUGGACCUUCCCUCCCCCUUAUUUAUCCUGUGGCUCUUUACCUUUGUUCCUGCUCUUUGUUUAAGUGAAGCUGAUCGUUUGUAGCUUUCAGGAGCCAGCACCAGGUCCACUAUGCUGCCCCCUCUCGUCCUAUGUUUGUGAGAGGGGUGCCCCCUCCAGCAUCUCUGUGGGUGGCACCACCCCUUUACUUCUUCCUCAGUAAUGAACAUUUUGCUUGUGGGUUGCAAGGGGGGAAGAGGUCUUUGUUGGUGUAAAGGGGCAGUGAAAACUAUCCCCACCAGAGCCGAGCUUGCAUCUGGCAGGAUUGAUGUCAUGCCAAAUUUGGAUCUCUGUUGUUGGGGCAUGGCCACAGGCUAGGCAGGGAAAAUAGCCAAGCUGGGGGUGCUGUUGGUAGGUGUUAGUGGGGCAAGGUGGGGAUUUGAUGGUGCUAGGCAUGGGAGGUGAAGAGGAGGGUGAAGGUGGGCUGAGAAAAAAGAUGGGUAAGGUAGGGAGCAAGGCAGCUGGGGGGUGCUGUGGCAGUGUUAGGGGUGGGGGGAAUACAGUGUUAGGGGACUGGGUAUUAGGGGGCUCCCUGGAUGCUGGGGGGCAUCUCACUGGGAUCUGUUCCUGCUUGGCUCUGCCCCCUCCAGCUCGAUGGAGCCCAAAAAGGGGGUGGGCUUACUACACUACUCCCAGCAGCCUCUGCUGUACUUUGUGGGUGGGGUGGGGAUUGGUGUCCUCCUGUCCUGGCCCCAUCUCCUUUGAGGUAUCAAAGGGGAUAUGGCUUUUCUUUUCCAGCAGCCUUAGAGCUGUACCUUGAGGCGGGGGGAGCUGGUGCUGCACUUGGCCCUAGCCUCUUUGAGGUGUCAAAAAGGGGCAUGAGGGGAGAUUCCUAGUUUCUUCCUCAAAGGGCUUCCUUGUGCGUGUCCCCAUGGUCUGGGCCAUGGGUGCGGGGAUCCCAGGUUGGUGCCACACUGCAGGGGAAGUGGGGCAGCAUCCCCUGAGACCAAACAAUUACAUUCAUAGAUUCACACAUCUAUGGAUGACCAAAAAAAAAGGGGGGGGGGGGUGCGCAGGACUGGCUUUGACCUACUCACUGCCCUGCUGCCAGCAGCCUAGUUCUCCACCCCACCUUCUCCAGUUCCCCAGCAGAACUGGUCCAGAUUCUUGGCUUAGCCAAAAUCCCAUCUUCUAUGAGCCCAAGUUGGGGGUGGGGGAAGCUACUGUCUAGGGACUUUCAGAUCCCCACCCCCCUACCCCAGACUUCAAAGGACAGUGGGGGCUGGGCACAGACCAUAGCUUUCCUCUCUCUAAGUGCCACAGAUAGCCCAUAUGCCACACAGCAAGGGGCCUAUUGGGCAAGGACCAUUCCAAAAUAAAAGGGGGAGGUGUGCAUACUUGCCUUAAUAUGAGGGCACUAUGCAUCACCCCCCACAAGCAAAUCAUGUCAGUUUGGCCACCAAUCCUGGCUCCUUCUCCCCCCCCCCCCCCCCCGAAAAAAUCCCCAUCCCAAAUAUUCCAUGCCAUGCAAUCCACCCCACUGCAAAGCACAUCCCCAGCACCCCGUGCCAUGCACUCCUCCCUUCCCAGCAGCCUCUCUGCUCACCGUUUACAGUGGUGCCCCCAUGAAAUUCCUUGCCAUGUAACCCGUUGUCUCACCGCCACCUUCCUCCAUUGAAACAGUUCCUUCACCCCCUUCCAUGAACAUAUCUGUAUAUAAAGGAAAGUAUUUUCUAUAAAAGCCAAACCUCACUCGUGAUCCAACUUGAUCCCCUUCCCAUCCCUUCCCCACCCCCAGACAGAGAAAGUGUGCAAUAUUGCAUGAGGAUUAUUUUUCAACAACAAAAAAAAAAAAAAAGAAAUUCUAUAUAUUGUAUUUGUUUAUUUAGCAGCUUAGCUGCCAAACUAUAAAAGCACAGGGAGGAAAAUGUCAAAAGGGCAAAAAAAGGAGAAAAAAAGCCAAUGUUAAAAAUAAAGUGAAAAAAAAAUCAAAAGUGA